GUAGACUACCACAUGGGUGCUAGGAAUUGAACCUGGGUACCCUGGAAGAGCAGUAACUAUGAAGGGCUUGUAUUUUCAACAGAGCUCUACAAAUGAAGAAAUAACAUUCCUAUUUCAAGAAAGGGAGAGUCUCCCUGUUACAGAGGAUAACUUCGUGAAACUUCAAGUUAAAGCUUGUGCUCUGAGCCAGAUAAACACAAAGCUUCUGGCAGAAAUGAAGAUGGAAAAAGAUUUCUUCCCUGUUGGAAGAGAAGUUGCUGGAAUUGUGUUAGAUGUUGGCAGUAAGGUAUCAUUCUUUCAACCAGAUGAUGAAGUAGUGGGAAUUUUGCCUUUGGAUUCAGAAGACCCUGGGCUCUGUGAAGUUAUUCAAGUACAUGAGCAUUACCUGGUUCAUAAACCAGAAAAGGUUUCGUGGACGGCAGCUGCUGGAGCCAUUCGGGAUGGUGUGCGAGCCUGCACAGCUCUGUAUUAUCUUUCUCACCUCUCUCCCGGAAAGUCUGUGCUGAUCAUGGAUGGAGCAAGUGCAUUUGGCACAAUAGCCAUUCAGUUAGCACACCAUAGAGGAGCCAAGGUGAUUUCAACAGCAUGCAGCCUGGAAGACAAGCAACAUCUUGAAAGGAUUAGGCCUUCUAUAGCCCGCGUGAUUGACAUCUCUAGUGGGAAAGUCCAUGUUGCUGAAAGCUGUUUGGAGGAAACAGGUGGCCUGGGAGUAGAUAUUGUCAUAGACGCAGGAGUGAGAUUAUAUAGUAAAGAUGACGAGCCGGCUGUAAAAUCACAGCUACCACAUAAGCAUGACAUCAUCACACUUCUUGGUGUUGGAGGCCAUUGGGUAACAACAGAAGAAAACCUUCAGUUGGACCCUCCAGAUAGCCACUGCCUUUUCCUCAAGGGGGCAACGGUGGCUUUCCUUAAUGAUGAAGUUUGGAAUUUGUCAAAUGCACAACAGGGAAAAUACCUUUGCAUCUUAAGAGACGUGAUGGAGAAGUUAUCGGCUGGUAUUUUCAGACCGCUACUUGAUGAGCCCAUUCCACUGUAUGAAGCAAAAGCUUCCAUGGAAGUUGUUCAGAAAAAUCAAGAAAGAAAAAAGCAAGUUGUUCAAUUUUAAUUUUCUUUCCCAGACCUCAGUUGGACGCACUCAUGCCAGUAUAUGAAGCCAGUUUUCUUUGGAAACUGUUAAGAAAAAUCAAGGAAGAUGAAACAAGUUUUUUCUAUUUUUAAGCCUGUUUUCCUGCCAUAAUAAGACAUUUGGUUAUUUGACAUAUUUGAGAAAUUCUUGCAAAAUUAAUGUGCAAACAAUCCAGAUUAUUUUUUAACAUCUUGAAGGGGAUAUUCCAAAAACCUCUUUUUGUUAUUGUAUCUAUACAUUUGCCUCUGCUAUAUUCUUUCCAUAAAGAAAACUGCUUUCAGCAAAAGCCAUGCUGUCAUAUGACAGCAUCCGUCACAAGCUUUUGCUAUAGCAUGAAAAUGUGAUUUGAUUUUGUAUCAGCUCCAUUAACCUUCCUUAACAAGCCUUUAUUUUAGCAUUUGAGUGUA